AUGGCGCCAAAAAUGUUGAUGAGUAAAUCUGAAUGGCUCUCCACUUUGACCCACGAACUCCGAACUGCUUCGACAUCUCGAACCUGCACACUUGCAACGAGCAAAGGAGACUCUGGUCUAAGUUUUAUUCCUCCCCAAGUAGGCAAUCUCACCUACCUCACGGUAAUUACCCUCAGAGACAACAGCUUCCGCAGCGAAAUUCCACAAGAAAUAGGACGCCUUUUCCGUCUCCGGCGUCUCAAUCUCCGCUCCAAUUCAUUUGGAGGAGAAAUCCCAUCCAAUCUCACCUACUGCUCAAACCUCCGAGUCCUCGAUUUUUCAUUCAAUGAGCUAGUAGGUGAGAUUCCCAUCGAGCUUAGCUCUUUAUCGAAUCUCGAUGGGUUAUCUCUCUUUAACAACCAUCUCGUUGGAAGCAUACCACCUUCUCUAGCAAACCUUUCGUCCCUCACUCAGCUUUCUUUAGGAAGAAAUUACUUACAGGGAAGCAUCCCAGGCGAUUUGGGCCGCAUCCCGAAUUUAAUAGCGCUCCAGGUAUCUCAAAAUAAUCUGUCCGGCACAAUCCCUUUCUCUAUUUACAAUCUCUCGACGCUACUUCUAUUCUCAAUCACCGCGAAUCGGCUUCACGGCACGCUUCCUCCUGACUUAGGCAUACGUCUUCCUAAUCUCCAGUUGUUUUAUGUGUCGGCAAACCUGUUUACUGGUUCGAUUCCUGUUUCACUAGCCAAUGCUUCAGUUCUUGAAGAUCUCUAUUUCACCAACAACGAUUUCACUGGAGGGGUGCCUAUGAAUCUUGGGACUCUUCGAUAUCUUUAUAUACUCACCAUUGGUGGUAAUCGCCUAGGAACAGGGAAAGAAGAUGACUUGAAUUUCAUCAAUUCCCUGCCCAAUUGCAGCUACUUGGAACAAUUUGGAUUUCAUAACAAUAGUUUCAAAGGCAUGCUGCCUAAUUCCAUAGCCAAUCUAUCGACCCGGCUCCAUUGGCUAGCGAUGGGAUUCAACCACCUGUAUGGAAGGAUCCCUGAAGGAAUCGGGAAUCUCGUCAGCUUAACCCAAUUGAAUCUGGAUCAUAACAAUUUCACAGGUGACAUUCCUUUCAGUAUUGGGAAGCUUCAUAAGCUGCAAUUUUUAGACUUGUCAGGAAACAAAUUUUCUGGGCAAAUUCCGUCGUCCAUUGGCAACUUCACGGAACUGAAUGAAUUUUCCUUGCAAGAAAACAACCUAUCUGGUAACAUACCUUCGAGUUUAGGAAAUUGUCAAAAACUGAUAGUUUUGAACCUUUCCCAAAAUAACCUUAAUGGUACAAUACCCAAACAGCUUGUUAGCCUCACAUCUCUGUCAAUAUCUCUCAACUUGGGUAGAAACUCUUUGAUUGGGUCCUUACCCGUGGAAGUGGGUAGCUUGAAAAAUCUUCAAGAACUAGACGUUUCGGAGAACAAAUUUUCAGGCGAAAUUCCCGAAACGCUAAGCAGAUGCCAGAGCUUGGAACGCUUGCACAUGGAAGGUAACGCCUUUCAAGGGACCAUUCCCAAGUCUUUGAGGAUUUUGAGAGGCCUUGUAGAGUUGGAUUUCUCGCGGAAUAACUUGAUUGGACAAAUUCCAGAAUAUCUAGAGAGUUUUACUCUGCAGAAACUAAAUCUUUCUUUCAAUGAUUUUGAGGGCCAAGUGCCUAUCCAAGGGGUGUUUGAAAAUGCAAGUGGGAUUUCUGUGAUUGGAAACAGUAAACUCUGUGGUGGUAUCCCAAAACUAGGCCUUCCCAAAUGCCUUGUUCUGAGAUCCAAAUCGCGGAGGUCUUUAAGCCUGAAAAUAAUCAUACCCGUCAUUAUCGUUGCUCAUUUACACACUUCCUCCUCAGAAGACCGGUACAAGAACGUCUCUUAUGCGGAGCUUCUCAAAGUAACAGAUGGGUUCUCUUCACACAAUUUGACCGACGUGGGAAGUUAUGGUUUUGUUUAUAAAGGAUACUUUGUUUCAGAGGGCCAAAUUGUUGCAGUGAAAGUACUCAAUCUUCAAAGACAAGAAGCCUCGAGAAGCUUCCUCGCAGAAUGCGAGGCAUUGAGAAAUGUCCGGCAUCGAAAUCUCGUCAAGAUCUUAGCAUCCUGCUCAAGCAUUGAUUUUAAGGGCAACGAUUUCAAAGCACUAGCUUUCCAGUACAUGCCGAAUGGAAGUUUAGAGUGGUUGCAUCCAAAAAUCAACGAGGAACAUCGAUCAAGGACUUUGAACCUUAUUCAGAGGUUAAACAUAGCCAUUGAUGCAGCUUAUGCUCUGGAUUAUCUUCAUCACCAUUGUCAAACGCCCAUUGCUCACUGCGAUCUCAAACCAAGUAAUGUUCUACUUGAUAAUGACAUGGUGGCCCAUGUGAGUGAUUUUGGCAUCGCAAGGUUCCUUUAUGAGGCUGUCGAUGAUCGCUCCACAAAUAGAACUAACUCCAUUGCAGUAAAGGGAUCCAUUGGCUAUGUUCCCCCAGGUAACAACUCCUUCCAUCUUUCUUUCAUUCCUUUUCUUAGUGUUAUUUUAAAAAUUCUCAAUAAUUUCAUAUCGCUAGAUGCUAAGAUGAAGCUAAAAUCAGCAUUUUGUCUAUUACACACAAUAUGUAUGAGUUAGCUAUACAUUUUACUUAAAAAUGACAUUUAUG